UGACUCUGAUUGGUCGGUUAGGAGGUUGUACGUUUCUAUAGUCAGUGCUCGAGUUUCUUAGUUUAUAUAGAGGUUUAAAGUCUAUAAGUAUGUGCGUUGGGAUCAUACCAAGUCCUGAGUGAGUGUCUUGACUCGAUUAACGUCCAAACGCGUUGUUUUAUCGCUGUUUUAUCGUGACGGUGGGGAGUCGCCUGGCGAUGAUGUCACGACGUAUAACACUGACAGCGGUGACGCCUGAUGAUCAUUAAAAACUGCCAUUAAAAUGAGCGCAGAUGAUUAUUGUGUUUACUGAGAGAGAGCCAUAAAACACUCAAGCAACGUGCCCGGCAAAAUAACAGAGGAGCUGAACCAUCAGGGAGAGGAGCAUCCGAUCAGCGUGGCAUCUGUCCGGUCCAUCCAGGGUUUUCCCCCCUGUACGUGCGACGGGUCUCGGUCCGUCUCGCCUCCGCUCUUCCUGCUGCUGAGCCGUAGGAUACUCGCACCCAGAACCGCGAUUUGACAAUAAACCCCGCGGCCGGAUGCUGAGCUCAAAUUUUGGGAAUGGGACUAACGUUUAGCAUGUAAAUUCAACCUCCUGGAGGUUCUGGCCAGCUUAUAUUUUUCACACUCAAAAAGCACAAUGUCGAGCAGAAGAAAGUCCACGACCCCCUGCAUGGUGCUUCCGUCAGAUGUUGUAGAGCAAGAUCCAGAUAUGGAGGCCCUGGAAGGGAAUGAAGGAGCCGAGAGUAUGGCCGACGGUCCUACAGAGGGAGCAGUGGUUCCCAUGGAAACUGAGACAGAAUAUGAGGGGAGCCAUUUCUCCAGUGAGGACUGUCGUACUUCAGGAAAACGCUCAGGUCAAACAUCACUAGAGCAGCCCAUUACUGAUCUAACCGCUGAAGGUGGUUUUGUGCAGACAGAGAUGGAAGAUAGUGAUGACCCCUCAGUUACUGGAAUCCCUAUCAGCAAGACUCCCAUAAUGAAAAUGAAAAGCAAAUCUGAACCCAAGAGAAUAGCUAUGUCUCUAAAAGGCACCAGUGAAAGCGAGACAAUGGCUGAAAGUGAGUUGGAACUGGAGCCAUUGGAAGCGUCAGUGAUGGGCACUUCCAUGGCAGCAGAACACAUGAGCCCAUUGCUCACAGAGUCCAUAAAGCCCAGCGUUCUUGUCAAUAUUUCAAACCCUGUGGUAGCAGAUCAGAAGAAGCUGGUAAUGAACCCUGCAACGGUUCUUCCGGCUGGCUUGGCCCAGGUGCUUUCUGCCUUGCAGGCCCAGCAGAGCGCUCAAGCUCAACUUCUAAUUCCAGUAAGCAGUAUUCCCACAUAUAAUGCUGCUAUGGACUCCAAUGCAGUCCUGAUCAACACCUACAAGAAGUUCCCCUACCCGUCGGUGUCUGAGAUCAUGGGACUUGCAGCCCAGACCAAGUUCAGUGAGGAGCAGAUAAAGAUCUGGUUUUCAGCUCAGCGUUUGAAGCAUGGAGUUAGCUGGACCCCAGAAGAGGUUGAGGAAGCCAGGAGGAAGCAAUUUAAUGGGACUGUCCACACAGUUCCCCAGACCAUCACAGUCAUCCCGGCCCAUCAUCUUUCUGCCACUAAUGGCCUGCAGUCUAUUCUUCAAACCUGCCAGAUUGUGGGGCAACCAGGUCUGGUUCUGACACAGGUUGGCACAGCCAACAGCCUCCCAGUGACCACCCCGAUAACGCUGACAGUAGCGGGAAUGCCCAAUCAAAGCCAGACACCCAAGAUCGCAACCAAUCAAACAAGCCCAGCUCUCAGUGAAACUAAGAGAGCUACUACGAUUCAGCCCCCAUCACUGACCCCUCAGGAGAACUCGGCACUCAGUGCCGAUCACUUUGGCCUGCGCCCUAAGAAAUCCAAGGAGCAGCUGGCUGAAUUGAAAGCAAGCUAUCUGAAGAAUCAGUUUGCCACUGAUGCUGAGAUAGCUAGGCUAAUGAAGUUGACCAACCUCACUAAAGGCGAGAUUAAAAAGUGGUUCAGCGACACCAGAUACAACCAGCGCAAUUCUAAGAACAGCCACACCAUCCUCCCGAACGACAAUCCCAGGGGUAGUAGUAGUACCACCAUUGUUAUCGACUCCAGUGACGAAACGCCACAGUCUCCAACACCGUCACCUGUCAAAGAGAAGGAGACACGCGCCAAGACCUGGAACCCCUUCCCAGACUUUACCCUGCAGAAGUUUAAAGAAAAGACACCGGAGCAGUUGGUGGUUCUAGAGGAAAGCUUUCAGAAAUGUGACACACCAACUGAUGAAGAGCUCAGCCGACUAAGAGCCGAGACGAAGCUUACCAGACGAGAGAUUGACGCCUGGUUCACAGAAAAGAGAAAAGCCCCUGUGCCUGAUUCCUCAGAGUCAAAAGCAGAUGGUGAAACUUCCCAGAAGAAGGGGAGUCAAACUCCACCUGGAGGGAAGAGGCUAAGCAAAGAGAAGGUUACUAAGAAAACUCCAGAGCAGCUUCAUGUUCUAAAAACUGCAUUCGUUCGCACCCAGUGGCCCUCGGCAGAAGAAUACGACCAGCUGGCCGAGGAGAGCGGACUACCUCGUUCGUACAUCGUCAACUGGUUUGGCGACACACGCUAUGCCUGGAAGAAUGGCAACUUGAAGUGGUAUUUUUACUAUCAAAGUGGAAAUGUGGGAGGAACAAAUGGCAACAAGAACAGAAAACGGAGGAUUCGGAAUCGCGGUUGGGGGAGAACCCGCAAUAGAAAAGCGAAGAAGCCCACCGAAUCGGAGAAGAAUUUACCUAUCAGGUUCAAGUCUGGGCGAGAUAUUCUGAAGGAAUACUAUUUGAAGCACAAGUUUCUGAACGAACAGGACUUGGAUGAGCUUGUCGCCAAGUCUAAUAUGAGCUACGAGCAGGUGAGAGAGUGGUUUGCUGAGAUUCAUCGGAAGGAGGAAAUGGGUACCAACCCGUUUGAAGAUAAAAUGGGAAAUGUAGAACAAGAUGAGGAAGAGGACGAGUCACUGGGUGAAAAUGAGACGGCAAUUGAGGAGCAAGGACCCUCUGCCUUGGGAGAUGAAGACGGUGACGAUGAUGACGACACUGAUGACAGCGAUUCCUGGGAGCCUCCACAGAGCAUUCGAAAAACAUUAUCCAUGUCUGAGGGUCAGUGAUCUGUCUGAAUUGGCUUUAUGCUGAGCAAUGGCCCUUGGUGGAAAACCAUGACUGUGUUGGGUCUCGACCACAUGCCCUCUACCACUGCACCAAUUUUGCUUAUAUUGUACAUAGUUUCAAGUAAGGUUUGACAAGUUCUUUCUAGCGUAAACAUUGAGGAGGAUGUUUUUUUUUUUUUUUUGGUAAGAAUGUUUGACUACACCCAAAACUUGAGAAAUCAUGCACAUGAACAGGGUUUUUUUCUUUGCGGCUCUGAAAUGCAGCGAUAACUCAAGAGUCCUUGAAUAAUCAAUGUCAUGCAUACAAUCUGAACUUGGUCAUGCACCUUAACGCUUGUACAUGCAAAGACAUCCUCUCUGUAGGGUCUUUUAAAGGGGCUUUUCUCAUUUGGAGUUAUAUGGAGGAUUCUUAGUGCCAAAGGUAUAGUAUUGAAUGUUAUGGUUCCCUUUACAAUGAACACAAUAGCUGAGGGAAUAUGCAUGAAUACGUUGUGUCAAUUGGACGCAAGAGGCACUUUGUCAACCACCGUGAUGCACGGGGUUUAAAAAGCAACCAGACACCUUAUUUAUGUAGGGCGAGACCAAACAUUUCAAAUUGAAUUUCCAAAUUCAGUGACAAAAAAGUGUUUUAUUUCUCAUUCCCAGUGUUUUAUCAUCCACAUACUGACAAUGGAUCUGAUAUACAGCACAGUACAUCCUGACGGGAUCUUGUAGAUGUUCCUGUGGUCCAUCUGACUGCCAUAAUGGGGGUCAUCUUCAAAAUAUAACAGCUAAUACUCAUCUUGUGGGAAAAAUUAUUUUGUGAAAAUGUCAGUAGUUGUAAUAAACAGGAUGCGUGACUAUUUUGCAGCUUUUCAACUGGACUGUUUUAAAGUAUUUUCUAAAAACAUGGGAACAUGGGGAAUUCCUGUUUUUGCUGUCAUUUGCUGUUUGUUCAUUUUUAAAGCGAGAUCUCUUUCAGAUUUCUCUGCUGGGCUGUCAGAGAUGUUCAUAAGCCUACAGGGGACUUUCAUUUGCUUGACAAAUUUUAAAUGAUCAUGUUAAGAAAACUUAAUGUGUAUUUGCCCUAAUCAUGAAGUGUUAUGUUUUCCAUUUCUAUGACUUCUGCAGAAUUUCUUGCUUUUUUGAGGAAAAUGUGUUUUUGUUUUCCAUUAAUACCUUGCUUUUAUAGGACUAAAUGAAACAUGAACUGUUGAUGAAUAAUUACCAUGUGGGUGUAAUUUGAGGUUGCUUUUUUUUUAAUAUUUGUGCAUGAAAGCAGCACUAUUACUGGUACUUUUAAAAUCGCACCUGCGUAAGACAUUCACCAUCUUGGUUAUAUCUGCAUGUAUCUGACAUUUAGUAGAAUGAUGGAGAAAAAAAGUGUUCAGUUUGUACAUAUACCUUUAUGCUCAACUAGUAGUUUUAAAACCUUUUAUAAGUUUGUAUUUAUAGUGAUAAAUUUCACCUCUACAUGAGUGGGUUGCUUUUAUGGUGAUCAUUCAAAUAAUUCUUUUGUGAUUUUGAGAUAUUUCUCAGAUUUUUAAGAGUUCUAUGUUGUAUUUUUGUUUUUACGUCCGGGAUUUCUUACUUUUUCUGGUGAACAUUUAAUUGACAUGCUUGCAACCCUCAUUUUCCUGUGAAAACUGUAGUGUAUUAUAGGCAAGAGGUCAAAGGUGCCUCUGUGAACAUGGUAAGUACUGUUUGAACAAAAUAGCACAUUUAAACUUAGGAAAAUGUGUCCUCUCCACUGUUAAUAAGUGAUCCUUUCAUGUUUUUUUUAGAGUUUGAGAACCUUACUGGGAUCUUGCUUUGAAUGCGUUUUAGUGCA